AUGGGACCUCCACCACUUCAACCUUUACUCAAGACAGUCGUACCACAUGGUCCACCUGAUUUUUCCAGGAUUCGUAGAGAACGAGCAGAUAAAUUGAGCUUUAAUGUGGAUACAUUGGAAUGGCACUCCACUCCUGUGAGAAUUAAAUUAGACCUUGUGCCAUUUGCAACGGGUCAGCUUCGAAAUGCAUAUUAUUUACAGGAACUUGGUACAGAUGAUAAUCCAUCGAGUUUGUUAGUAGCAAAAGUAAGUCUUCGAUCUGCAGAACCAAGCACAUACUUGAGUGAUGUGGAGAUGCAGGCUGUUUGUGCCCAUUAUGCGGCCUUAUAUAAUGAACAUGAACCACCGCUGAAAGUGUGUUAUGCAAGGUCAUGGCUACUGAAAUUAAAAGAUCGAGAUCAAGGGUCUUUAGUUUGCUCUAUGGAAGAAUUUUUACCGGGAGCGUAUGUGAAAUACAGCAAUAAUAGUGGCUAUGUCGGUCGGGAAACCAGCACGACGGAAGAACGAGAGCGCAAUACACCACAGGCAUUUUCACACUUCUCGUUCGUGGCUUCGGAUUUUCGGUUAAUGAUUGUGGACAUUCAAGGAGUCGCGGACAGCUACACAGAUCCGCAGAUUCAUUCAGCAGAUGGCCGCGGAUUUGGUGUUGGGAAUCUCGGGACUUUUGGAAUGGAGAAGUUCUUGGAAAGUCAUCGGUGCAACGAAGUCUGUCGGUGGCUAGGACUUCGAAGUAUCAACGAGCAAUAUAAACCAGGUGGAACGGCUGCUCCAGGAUAUGAGAUGCCAUUUGGAGGGGCUAUUAAAAAGUCAACAAAUCGAAUAACAGAAGAACGCAACACAUUCUCCACAUCAGUUACAGUUAGCGAAGCUUUUGGCGAUACAGCUACUGAAAUUUUAACGGAGCGGAAGGACUCUAUAUUGAAAAGCGGAGACGAAGAGGAUGAGGAAGAUAAUGACGAAGCGGACGGCAAGGACUUAUACGAGCACUCUGAUUCAACUUCGUAUGCUACGGACUCGUCGCCUACGAUGUCGGCGCUGCAGCCACGGCACAUGAAACUGCAGUGGUCAAAGCAGCUACAUUUUUCCUCUCCAGCCGCUUUACCUGGUCGUAGUGGUGGGAAGCUAAGAAACAGAUUAAGUGAAAGUGAAAGUGGUAGUCGGUUACGCUACCUACAUCGUGGUAAAGCUUCCAGUCUCAUUACAGGGAGUUCUGGUGAUGAACGCGAUAGCUUCUGGACUUGCAUGUUUCGGACUUUACUGUGUGGGUGUACGUGA